AUGUCAGCGAACUGCACAGAAGUCGCCGAGCUCCGGCCGGCGAUGCUGGCCGGGAAGAGGGAGACGAUCGUGCACAGCAACUACAGCCGCAUCGGUGAGUCCCUCCGGCUGAUGACCCCGACGGAGAUCCAGUGCUCGGUGUUCUGCGGCGGGAGGAGAUGCAAGUACGAUAACGACGAGUCCUGGAAGACGGAGGAGAUGGCCGUCGACGGGAUCUUCUCUCAUUGGGUCACUCCGGGCUAUCUUAGCAUGGCGAGACCGAACACGGACAUCAUGCAGAAGAAGGACAUCGUCGGUCAGUUCCUCAAACACGACAUUAAGACCAUAAUCAACCUGCAAAUCGCUGGAGAGCAUGCGUCGUGUGGGGCGCCUCUUUGCGAGUCAGGAUUCAGCUACGACCCUUCCGUGUUCAUGGAGAAUGGAAUUUUCUACUACAAUUUCGGUUUAAAAGACUUCGGGGAGCCGACCCAAGGAGGAAUCCUAGACAUGGUCAAGGUGAUGGCCUUCGCGCUCUCCGAAGGCAAGGUAGCAGUCCACUGUCACGCCGGACUCGGGAGAACAGGCGUACUGAUUGCCUGUUACUUAGUGUACGCCUUACGCGUGCGCGCGAGCGACGCCAUCAGAUACGUGCGCAUGAAGAGACCCAAUGCCGUGCAGACCUCAGGUCAGAUUCAGGUCGUGCAAGAGUUCGAGCAGGCCAUUCUUCCGCAGUUGUAUCUCUUCUGUAACAGACUCUACUAA